AAGAUUUCAUCCAUUUUAGAAUAAGGCUGUAACAUAUCAAAAUGUGGAAAAAGGGAGUGUCUGAAUACUUUCAGAAUGCACUGUAUGUGGAUGUUCAUUGAAGACCCAUCCAUGAUAAAAGAGACAGUGGACCAAAUAAAAGCACACCACAUUGAAUGAUGGAUAUUGUGUGACAUCCUGGCUCUAUUGUGUUUGUGUCAUGUUCAGGAUAUUUGUAGGGCAUGCAUAUCUGAUGGCCAACAGAGGAAAUCUAUGUAAUCAUGCUUGUGAUGUAUGCAAUAUAUUCUUUUCACAAGUACAUAAAAAAAUACACAUAUACACAUCAAUUGCUUUAUCUUUUCACACAUCAGUGCUAAACUUGUAAUCAGAAUGCCCUUAUGGUAAUUUCGCCCUCUGAUAGUCAUGUAUAGCUACCGAGUUCACUUUCACCUCAUCCUACCUUAUCUUAAUCUAUUACACACUCCACCUGUCCUCCAAAAAGAACCCUUACGGUUAUAUGGUUCACCUUAAAUAGUUACAGCUGUUUAAACGGUUUACAUUUCUCAUUUCCUGUCCAUAUCAUAUCACAAUAUCAUAUCACAGGAGGAGAAGAGGUGAAAGUGUCUCCAUACAACACUGCACAUGCUGGCAAUCAUUUUGUUCUGCAGUGCUCCUGAAUGGUACACCUGAGAUGGCGGAGGCAGUGAGGAGAAUGAGCUGCCUUUGUGUGACACCUGUGAAUUAUUCACGACUAACCAUGCCGGCUGAGUCCGGAUCCCUUUAUGGGCAUCUAGAGCCUAUGCUAUCAGAUGGCCAAAUAGUGUCUAUGUCACAGAGGACACCGGUCAAAUGGCUCCCUGCAGGACACACCUCCCUGAGAUCAUCGCAUCGCUGCCGGCCCAGCUCUUUGUUAUGACCCUGGCCUCGGUCAAGCGUGUCGUUAUCGGCAACCCAAAUUACUAUUUGACAGCUUAACUGCAGUGACUGAGUGACAGGACUCAAGCGUGACAGAGAUGUAUGUCAAUGCAGUCUAUAAAUAUGGAUAAUAUUGUCAGAUUCAUACAGUCAACAUUCCUUUUUGGCAUUGAGGCUCUGUCUUACAGUACGUGUUCAUAACGGUGUGUGAUAGAAAGUACCAUAUAAUUUGUGCACUUACCCAGUUAUUGUUUUUAGAAGUCUGUGCUUAAAUGUAUAGUUCAUUUCUAUAAGAACAUGAUCCCUGGCCUCUUUUCCUGUUGUAGCUGAGUCAAAACCAAUGUGUUGUAUAGUGUGUUGUAUAGUGAAAGAUAUUUCAUCUUUAGUUUUGCCUGUGCAAACAACUGUAUCCGGGUCAUGAUGUCCUUAAAUGUGACCAAUCAGCCUUUCCCACACCUUAGUCAAACCAUGUUUUCAGCAGACAGCAGCCUGUCAUGUGUUUGAACUGGAUCAUUAUUUUCUUGUUGACAUAGGUCUGAAAUAGAGUCAUAUGAUCCAGGCCACUCCUACAAAUACAGUCAUGUAAACAUUAGGCUCAACAGUACUAUAGUCUGAAUCUGUGUUUAACCUUGUGGUGAUAUAGUUUCCAAAUUGUUCAAACACUUAAUUAAAUCACUCAGUAAACAACAUGAUAAACUCAUCUUGUGAUGAGUCAACAAAUGUAAAUAUGUACACUGGAAUUAUCUACGUUUGACUGUUCUCUACGACAUAGUGAAGGCCAGAGCAAACAUGAUCACCUGUUGCAGGUGGAAUGUGACCGCUGCCCCGCCCCAGCAGCGAGAGAUGCAAAUACUGUUGGUAUCAGUUUACAAGUUGUCCAGAGAGAAGAGAGAGAACAGACACAGUCAUCAGACCUCUGCAGCCUGCAGGUUACCAGCUACCAUUGGCUAAGAUGCACUGAAAAGAAAUACCCAGACAAAAAGGUUGUUCACCUUGGCAACUCCUCCGUUUAGUCAUGCCCAUAGCAGAUCUGCUGGGUGUCCAGUUCGACAUGCAACUGCUGGGGAAGCUGACGUGUUCCGUGGCCGCCGUUCUGCUCAUCUCCUGGGCUUACAGGUUCUACAGCUCCAGGGGUACAGCAGCUAAAUCCCAGCUCUAUGUGAGGCCUCCUCCAGACAGGCCCACUGAAGAACCCAUUGGAACCUGUCUGAACUGCAAGAUGGAACUGCGACCUCCAAGCACGGCCAAACAUGACACCAGAAGUGAUGGGGACAAACAGCCUGGCCACUCACGGAGUGAUGACCUGACACCUGACAAGACCAAUACAGGGACAGGGGAAGGAGAAGUGACCCAGAUUGAAGAAGCAGGCAAGUUCACAAACACUAAGGAAAUGGCUGCAUUGCAGGAGGAAUCAAAUGUAGAGGAGGACAACAGCUUGGAGUUGGAGGAAGAUAUCCCCGUGUUUGUUGAGGAGGCUGAGAUUAAGACUAAUAAUUGUAUGUUUGGAUCCAUCUUGAAACUCCCUGAUCCUAAUGACAGUGGGCUGGCCAGCCCAUCGGGCCGUCGAUCCCCUUGCUUUCUGCAGAGGCUUGAGGGCAGUGUCGGGCUGGGGGUCGGCAGAGAGCUGAGGCAGGACCUGGGGCUCCAGGGGGCCUACUCCAGCUUUCUCUCCAAGGCAGAGAUCACAGUGGCGGAUGCCAACCUUGUGAUGGAAGGACCUGGGGACCAGAGCAUUGUGCGGGGAAAAAUCUAUGAAUACUUUGUGGAAUCGUCCUCGCACUCCAUCACAGACUCCAUAUUGGGUCAGUUUGAGGGGAAUUCACUGGACUCACAGUCUGUGAAAUUUGGAAGCCGUGGCAGCAGCCUCACUGAGCCUCCCUCGUCCCUAAGCCCCAUCAUCAUGCGUGAUCUGGUUUUGCCGCAGAGUCCUGUUGAGAGGCCGUUCUCCCCAGUUAGUCCGGAGACCACAUCUCCCAUCAAGCCGGGUCUCAUCCGUAAGGAGAGCUACCUCACAGCGGCUGAACAUUCAGAACUCCUGAUCACCUCUCUGAUACCCAGAGCCUCCACCCAGCUGAGGCCCCACUCUCAUGCCUAUUCAUCAGGGGAUCCCAGCCCUGUCAGUCCCCUCAGUCCCACCACAGACACCAGGGGCCCCAGUGCAUGGGAGAAGCCCAGCCUAGAAACCAUAGCUGGGGCUAGAUUUGUAAAUCUGCCUCCAGAAAACAUGGGCAGCUCAGAGUUGGAGAGCUUAAAGGCCAAACUUGAUUUGGGAAACUGCAUGGAGGUGCUGGAGCUGUCUAAGAAGCAUGGGCAGGCCCCUCUGCAGCAGGCAGCCCUCAGAGUGAUGUCUGACAACUACCUCCAGGUCCUCAGGGACCCAGGUCUGUAUGGGAUGCUGAGAGCAGGCGAGCGGGAUGAGAUUCAGAAACAGCGUAUGAGAGGAAGGCAGUUCUUAGUGGCAGCCAACAUGGUCCCUCAGGACUGGGUGGGGAGUAGUCCUCAAGGGACAAAAACAGAGCAGCGAGCCACCAACAAGCCAUCCAGUGGUCUCUACUGUUAUGAUGAUUAUAUAGACAGCUGGCACCCAUUGUGUCCCGUCCCGCAGGAAGUCAUCUCCAAAGGCUGUGCCGUGUGCACUAUGGACAACUACUUAUUUGUAGCAGUGGGGGGCUGCCAGCAGGGCGCAGACAGAGAGAUGAAACCUUCCAAGAGAGUGUUCUGCUACAACCCCGUAACGUCCAUUUGGAAAGAGAUCAGUCCUAUGAAUGAGUCCAGGCCCCACUGCAAACUGGCAGCCCUACAGGGCUGCAUCUAUGCCAUCGGAGGGGAGUGUCUGUCUACCGUAGAGCGCUAUGACCCCCGCUCUGACAGAUGGAGUUUUGUGGCCCCACUGCCCAAUGAUACAUUUGCUGUGGCCCAUCAUGUCACGGUGUGCAAUGGGGAACUCUUUGUUCUAGGAGGAACACUGAGAUACACACUGUUGCGCUACAACCCAAAAAUCAAUGUGUGGAGGAAAAGCGCAAUAACGGGAAGCAAAAUGAGGACCACCGAGAUAGUGGGCGUAAGAAACUUUCUGUAUCGCUUCGAUGUCAACCCACAGCUAGGCAUCAGUGUGUACCGCUACCACACCGUGGCACGACUAUGGUACGAAUGCUGCACCAAACGCCUCGCCCACUGCCCUGCCUUCCAGUGUGUUGUUGUGGACGACACCAUCUACUGCAUAAGCCACCAGUUCACCAUGAGGUUCCUGGCUGAUGAGAUCUCUCCGAGCUUCGUAGCGGACGAUUUGAGUGUCCUCUCUGCAGCUAAGGGCAUCCUUUUCCCCUUUGUACUCUCACUUCCUGAUAAGAAAGCUCUCCAGACCAGCGUGUGACCAGGAAUGAUUCUCCUCAGCACAGACAAGGACAGAGCAGUGAGGGAGUAUCUCAUGUAUUUAUGCACCAAGGCCAUUUUCAUAGCUGAGAGUGUCCUACUGGGAAGCACAGCUGUCUUAAUCAGAGGCAAUGGAAGUAAAAUAUUAACACCAUUAAUGGUAAUUAGACUACUGCUUGUUUAGAUUUAUUCAGGGUGUACUGCCAUAGAAACUCAAUGUUUUUGUGAAAGCUGCUUCUUCUUUUCAUUUCCCUCCACCCUUGCACUACCGAGUUACUUCUAAAUCAUGCAAAUGUAAAAAUAAUUAAUAAACAAGUCUUAAGUUAAUUCACUCAACCAUAAUGCUUUGGAGUACUGGGUUGAUAUAAUAAUAAUCCAUCACAAUGGGCAGCUGUGUAGGGUACAAACAUUACUCACACAGGACUGGACUCAAUACAAUUAUCCACAGUUGGUCUGUAAGUAUGACAUGAUGUAGAAGGUUGUGACAGAGCAUAAUGUACUGUAUGUGAGCUUCAAUAAACAAAAGUCAAUGCUACUUUUGAAUCUCUUCUAAGAUUGGA